CUGAUUUGUUUUUUCGAUUUCCCUUUUUUUUCUCAUUUAUUUCCCCCCAAACCAACGCCAUCCCCUUUUCUCCCCCCUCAACCCCUCGUCGUCGCCUCUCCGAUUCGCUCAUGAACUGAUCUCUCCAUCGCCAUGGAAGAGAUCUCCAAUCUCUUAGACCUCUUCAAGGAUCGCAGUCCCCCUCGCGAUUUCGCUCACCGCUUCCGCUCCGCUCCGAUCAAGUCCGGUCUCUUUCGAUUCCUUGCGAUCCUCGAUUCCGAAGCCCGGCUAGGGUUGGAGUCGUGUAGCGCGUCUCAGAUCGCUGCAGUCAUCUUCGCCGCCAAAUUGAUCCUCGGCUCAGAUCGCUGCAGUCAUCUUCAGUCCUCUUAUUUUGUUCUAAUUUUGCCCUAAUAUGAACCUCGAUCAGCAGAGCACCAAAGUCCUGAAUCUGACUGUUCUUCAGAGGAUUGAUCCCCAUGUGGAGGAGAUCCUGAUCACUGCUGCUCACGUUACUUUCUACGAAUUCAACAUUGAGCUCAAUCAGUGGAGUCGUAAGGAUGUUGAGGGAUCUUUGUUUGUUGUUAAAAGAAACACGCAGCCGAGAUUCCAGUUCAUAGUUAUGAACAGAAGGAACGCAGAAAAUUUGGUGGAGGAUAUCUUAGGAGAUUUUGAGUAUGAAAUCCAACCUCCAUACUUGUUGUACCGGAAUGCAGCUCAAGAAGUUAAUGGUAUAUGGUUUUACAACCAACAAGAAUGUGAAGCUGUUGCAGCUCUUUUCCAGAGGUCAGUACUUAGUGGUUCAAAAACUUACACCUCAUGUACAACACAUGCAUUUCCAGUAUCCUUUGUCAUAAAAUUUGAUACUUAAAUGAUGUGCUAAUAAUUAUAUUGUUUUCGUAUUGUUAAGAGCAAAGCUUCCAUCAUUUAGUGGACUUUUCAAAAGAAUGUCUGUAACCGACAGAUAACUUGGCAAAGCAUCUAAUCUCAUAAUCAAAUCAUGUUCUGUAAAGCAUCUAAUUUCGUACAAUUUGUUCAUGACAUUUCUCACCUACAUAACAUGGCUUCAUGUCUGAAGGCAUCUGUGCGGUUUACAUUCUCUUUAGUUAAAGGAUUUACACCAGAUGAAAAUGUAGCAACUACCUAUGGUGAUUUCUCGAUGGAGCCCGUGGAGGGAAUGUGACGACAGCGAUAUUCUUGAAAACUCAACAGUCAGUAUUAGAUUGGGGCAUUUUGUUAACAUCUCCAGGACAUAACGUAUCUUAGAUUCUUAGAUUAAUAAUCAAAUUGCCAAAUCAACUUAGAAAUUUUUGCUGUUGGAUUCCACAAGAUUUUGUCUCAAUUUAAUUUUAAUUGAAAAUUGGAAAACAUAAGAAGGUAUUUGGUUAUUUUAGAAAUUUUGGUUUUUCAUCUAUUGAUGCUAAUAAUUUGAUAAUAUUUAUCUGAAACCGCUAAAACUGCCUUAAAGUCCAUCUGUCAAUACUAAAUCGUGAUUGUAAACCAUUAUCAAUAGAUUCAAUACCAGGAUUCCAUUUUUGUAGUCUUUUUGGGAAUGUUCGCUAUAAUGCAUCUCUUAGUAAUGUAUAUUGAACUGCUAUAACAAGCUUAAUACAUUCUGAAAGAAGCUCU